GACUAUCUUGUUUUCUGUUUCUUCAGCUGACUUUAAUGGAGGUAGAAGAGAUUAUGAAACUCUUCGAUUCGUGCUGGUUCGAGAUGGAAAUCUUUAAGAACGAUCAUCUCAGUCGACAUUCACGAGCUUCAAACCGAACCCAGAUCUCCAAACUGAAGAAAACUCGACGAGACCCUGUUUUCUCACCAUUCAAGAUCCAUGAGUGAUCAGCUGAGCUUAAUCAGAACGAGCUUCAUAUAGGUUCCUGCGAUUCUUUCUCACCUGACUCAGUUCUCCACUCACCGAAUCUCCAUAAAACCAUGUCGGGCAAAGACAUUGCAGAAGAAGAUACACGAGAAAGUUACAGUGAUAUGAAGAUUACGAGAAGAAAGAGAGGGAAAAGUAAGAGCUUGUCGGACUUGGAAUUUGAAGAGCUAAAAGGGUUUAUGGAUCUUGGCUUCGUUUUCUCAGCGGAAGAUAAUAAGGAUUCAAGGUUGGUAAAGAUAAUCCCAGGGUUACAAAGAUUAAAAAAGAAAGAGCCCGAAGAAGACGACGACGAAGAAGGAGAAAAAAAAGAAGCUGAUGAAGAUGAUGAUGACGAGGCUCCUGAAGUUGCUAGACCUUAUCUUUCAGAAGCGUGGAAAGUUUCAGAAAGGAGAAAAGAAAAUAACCCUUUGAUGAAAUGGAGAGUCCCUGAUUUAGGUAACGAGAUUGACAUGAAAGACAGCCUUAGAUUGUGGGCUCACACUGUUGCCUCUACAGUCAGAUGAUAACAAAAAGAUCAUUGAUUUCAUUGUUCCAAGUUUUGGUUAUUUUUCGUUGGAAUU